AUUAUUUCCUGGUAUGGAGAUGAUGACCCAGCCAACCCUAUGAACUGGACGCCCACGAAGAAGGCAUUCGUCACGUUCUGUUUGUGUCUCCUUACUUUUUCCAUUUACAUCGGAAGUGCCACUUAUACGCUCGUACUUCGCUCCGCUGAAAUCCCAAUUCCAUCCAAACGGGGAGAAAUUGGUCUGGCCAACUUGGAAUUUGGCGUCCCUCUUACAGAUGCACAGCUCGGCCUCACACUCUUCAUUGUUGGUUAUGGAAUCUUCCCUUUUCCUCUAUCUGUGGCCGCAGCAAACCGUAUUUGA